UUCAGAGAGACCAUGUCGCGCUUCUCAAAGCUCGUACUGUCUUCGCAUAUUGCUGCAUCCGACUUUCCUCCUCCAGACUCGUACUCAAAGUGUCUGAAAGAGGCAGAAGGCGUCAUGAAUGGCGUUUUUGGGUUUGUUGAGGUAGCGCGCCAGCAGCGAGGUGAAGAGAUACCCCGUCUUGUGCCUGGAUUCGUCGUCGGCAGCCACACCGGUGGCAACUGGCAGAACAAUGGCGCAGAUUCGCAGGAUGUCAACACCUCGAUGUAUUCCGACCAAGAAGACAACGAACCCGCUGUCGAAGCGACGCUCACGCUAGAUUCCCGUGUCCUGGAACGACUGCAGGAUCUCAAGAGAUUGAUCAUUUCAAACCUCCGUCGCUUGGACGAGCUAUUGGUAGUAAGGGAUACCGUCAUCUCGCACCAGCAACACCAGGCGCUAGGCGACCACAUCUGCAGUGCGGCCGGCAAGGUGCUUGAAGCAUGUCGUCCCUGGAUGUCAACAGUUGAACAAAUCAACCUCGCAUCCCUCGACUUGGACACCCAAGCAGCGCAGCUCAGCGAAUUCAGCAUACAGAAACAGAAGACUUAUGACGCAGUCUCCGAACUCGUGAUAGCGUGUCAAGGCGUAGCAGCGCCUUUGGGAGACGAGUGGGCCGAACUACGUGGUGACUCUCUGGAUGACCGAAUCAACGCUGUGCGGGCCAUUACCCGAGACCUGGACGCAACCUAUACCCAACAAUUUACCUUGCUACAGAACUUGUCGGAGAACAUACCUUUAGACGACAUCGUAAACCGCUCAGACCCUCGGAGAAACACUGACAGUGAACUAUCGAGCCACACUCGCAUUCCAUCCGGACCUGAGAGGCCGCUACUCGGCAACAUUCCCAAAGCAGACACAUACGCAGGUACUUCUCUUGACGACGCCAAGAUUGAGCCGAUCCGUUCUGCCAACAGCAACAAGAAGCUCAAGGAUUUCUUUGGUGAGGUACCAGUCAUUCCACAGCAAACAGUGGAAGAAACUCCAGAGUACCUGAAGCUCGAUCAUGAGGGCGAGAUUUCCUACGACCACAAGACCGCGCCACCCCAGCUCAAGGGUGGUACGCUGGCAGGUCUUGUCGAGCAACUGACGCGCCAUGACCGUUUGGAUCCCGCCUUCAACAACACCUUCCUACUCACCUACCGGUCCUUUACGACCGCUUCCGAACUUUUCGAGAUGUUGGUAAAACGAUGGAGUAUCCAGCCACCGCAUGGUCUAGCCAAAGAGGACUACCAGCAUUGGGUGGACAAGAAACAGAAACCAAUCCGAUUCCGUGUUGUCAACAUUCUUAAGAGUUGGUUUGACAACUACUGGAUGGAGGGUAAUGACGAAGAGGCACGCAUCCUGAUCCAGCGCGUGUACAACUUUGCAAAAGAUCACGUCGCAACCACCAGUACCCCUGGAGCAGCACCUUUGAUGACCUCGGUCGAGCAAAGAUCCCGUGGACCAGACAUGCCAACCAAGCGACUGGUUCUUACCUUGAGCGCCCAGACGCCACAGCCCAUCCUCCCUAAGCACAUGAAGAAACUCAAGUUCCUCGACAUUGACGCAACCGAAUUCGCGCGUCAACUCACAAUCAUCGAGUCCAGACUAUACGGCAAGAUUCGUCCAACAGAAUGCUUGAACAAGACGUGGCAAAAGAAGCUUGCGCCUGGCGAGCCCGACCCAGCCUCGAACGUGAAAGCACUCAUUCUCCACUCGAACCAGUUGACAAAUUGGGUCGCGCAGAUGAUAUUGACGCAACAAGACGUGAAGCGGAGAGUGAUUGUCAUCAAGCACUUUGUCAAUGUAGCAGACAAAUGCCGGCAACUGAACAACUUCUCCACUCUAACCUCCAUCAUCUCGGCUCUAGGUACUGCGCCGAUUCAUCGUCUCAACCGAACCUGGAGUGCCGUCAACCAGCGCUCAAUGGCUACUUUGGAAAGCAUGCGCAAACUCAUGGGUAGCACCAAAAACUUUGCCGAAUACCGAGAUACUCUGCACAGGGCGAAUCCACCGUGUAUACCCUUUUUUGGUGUCUAUCUCACGGACUUGACCUUUAUCGAAGACGGUAUUCCAUCUUUGAUCAAACGCACCAAUCUCAUCAACUUUGCCAAGCGCGCGAAGACGGCCGAAGUCAUUCGCGAUAUCCAACAAUAUCAAAACGUACCCUACCCUCUGCAGCCGGUUCCCGAGUUGCAGGACUAUAUCCUCACCAACAUGCAAUCGGCGGGCGAUGUGCAUGAAAUGUAUGAGAUGAGUCUGAGCGUUGAACCCAGAGAACGCGAAGACGAAAAGAUUGCAAGGCUUCUCUCUGAGAGUGGAUUCUUGUAAUAAGAGAGACUAAAACCACCACCACCAC